AGAUCGUAUAAGAUCAACGGAUCGCAGAAAUUUUUAUCGCGUGUGAGGAGAGGAUUUGCAUAAAUUGAGUCUGAGUGAUAAUGACCAGCUAUACUGACAAAGGAACUAAACCUGAGGCCGGAAAAUUUCUAAGCUUUGAUCACCUGACAUUCUACGUUGGCAACGCCAAGCAGGCGGCCAGCUAUUAUACCACCCGCCUGGGAUUCGAACCACUUGGCUAUCAAGGAUUGGAAACCGGAGAACGGCGUUUUGCCAAACAUGCUGUGCGCCAAAACAAGAUCGUCUUCGUGUUCGUCUCCGCCUACACGCCGGACGACAAGGAGCAUGGACUCCACUUGAUGCGCCACGGUGACGGGGUCAAGGAUGUGGCCUUUGAAGUGGAGGAUUUGAAUGCCAUCUUUAAGUUGGCUGUGACGCGAGGUGCCGAAGUGGUGCGCGACAUCUGGGAGGAAAGUGAUGACAAUGGCUUCGUAAGAUUCGCAACCAUUAAGACUUACGGUGACACCACCCACACAUUUGUGGAGCGCAAUGGCUAUACGGGAGACUUCCUGCCAGGCUUCCAACGUGCUCCCGAAGAUGUUUUGCUCAAGGGCUUGCCCGCCACCAAGCUGAACUUCAUCGAUCAUGUGGUGGGCAACCAGCCGGACUUGCAAAUGGAGAGCGUGGCCUCCUGGUAUGAGAGGAUCUUGCAGUUCCAUCGCUUCUGGUCGGUGGAUGACUCGCAGAUCCAUACCGAGUACUCGGCGUUGCGGUCCAUUGUGAUGGCCAACUACGAGGAGACGGUGAAGAUGCCCAUUAACGAGCCGGCCAACGGCAAGAAAAAGUCCCAGAUUCAAGAGUAUGUAGAAUACUAUGGGGGAGCUGGAGUCCAGCACAUUGCUCUCAACACUGACGACAUCAUCCAGGCUGUGAGCAACCUGAAGGCUCGUGGUACCGAGUUUUUGACCAUUCCUUCGUCCUACUAUGAGAUCCUUAAGGAGCAGCUUUCCCACAGCCGCACCAAGGUCAAGGAGGACAUGGACAUACUGCAGAAGUUAAACAUCCUGAUUGAUUUUGACGAGAAUGGCUAUCUGCUGCAGAUCUUCACAAAGAACUGCCAGGACAGGCCCACUCUCUUCCUCGAAGUUAUUCAACGCUACAAUCACAAUGGAUUUGGUGCUGGAAACUUUAAGUCUUUGUUCACGGCCAUUGAAAUUGAACAGGCCAAACGUGGAAACCUCUAAACUAAAUAGUUACAAUUCAACAUGAAUAAUAAAUGGAAUGCUUUAAACUAA